AUGUAUACCGAAAAUGCGCCUCACACACCAUCACCACAGCAACCUACUCCACAACCGCCUCAGAUCCUAAGAAUCAAGAGGAAAAGAGGUCAAGAUCCUCUCCAGGCUUUGAUAUUGGAAGAUACUCGUAAUGUUAAGCGAUCGAAGCCAUCAACUCCAAUCACAUCACCUAUUGCCACACCUCGUAGUCAAACACCACUGCAUCAACGUCAAUUGAAUGAGGAGAGUAGUGGUACCAAUAAUGACAAGCUUAAUUACAUGUUUAAGUUGGCCAAGACGGAGAUUAGCAAUGGUGCUGAAUUUGAUGAAUCUUUAUUACACACAAUCUUGGCUGAAGCAGCAGCACCUACAGAAGCUAAAGCAGAAGGGUCUACAAGUGGAGGACACAAUCAACUGGAAAUUAAACGACGGUUUAUAAUCCAACCAGACGAGUCACGACGUCAAAGUGGCAUUGAUUAUAAUGAUAUAGACAAUCCAAUCCCUGAUCAAUUGUCCAAUAUGGUUGAAGAUUUAGUGUCAAGGGGAAAUGAAAAACCUAAACUGAAGCGGAAAAGAAGAGGCCGGGUAGCAAAUAUUAAGGACGAGAGUGCUACUGUCGCCGAUGAAAAACUACUAGAAUUGCGAGAUUCAAUAUCUCAAGACACAUUACAUACGGAUACAAUCCAAACCCCUACUGGAAUUGAUGACGAGAAUCAAUAUGUAUACGACGUGUACCAGCUAACCGAUGCCGAACCUCUAACCACGGCAAACCACCCACUGGCUCAAAUAGGCUACAUUCGAUUCUUUGAUGAUGAUGACAACAAUAACGACUCCAUACUUGAUUCGACACAACAAGAUCUCGAUGAAACGAAAAAGCCUAGUGUCUUGACUGAUGAUGAGGAUUCCAACGCUGAAAGCUUUUACCAAAAUGAUUAUCCUAGCGAUGAAGAUGCUGGAGGGUUACAAGAAUUGAAUUCAUUUGAAGACGAGUUUGAUAAGUUGAAUCUUGGAGAUGGCAGCAAUAAUGGUGAAUGUCGGGGUGGCCAUGGUGAAGGUAAUCACGAUGGAGAUGAUGACGCGUAUGUACCUCAUGAUGGAAUUGGUUGGGAUGGUGAAGAGUAUUUCGAUUAUGGCGAUGUUGAGAGAUAUAUGGGACUAGAUGAAGUUGACGACGACGAUGACGAUGAUGAAGACGAUGAAGAUGACGAGAUACACAGGAAUCAAUUUUUCAAGUCUGAUGCUGAUGAUCCACUAGCUUUGCAUAGAGACAAGAUUUUUGGAAAAUUAGAGAAAAUGAUCAAUAAACAGUAA